GCUCCGGAGCCCGCGCCGCCGCCGGCCCCGCAUCUCGGGCGCCCGCCGCCCCCGCCGCCGCCGCCGCCCGCGCGGGGAUGUAGAAUGCAGGCGGGCGCCAGGUUCCAGCGGCGGCGGCGGCAGCUGCAACAGCAGCAGCCCCGGCGGCGGCAGCCUCUCCUCUGGCCCAUGGACGCAGAGCCGCCGCCGCCGCCACCCUGGGUCUGGAUGGUGCCGGGCUCGGCCGGGCUGCUCCGGCUCAGCGCGGGGGUCGCGGUUCCCCCGGUGCUGCUCGCCUCGGCCCCGCCGCCCGCGGCCGCGCUGCUCCCCGGUCUCCCCGGCUGGCCGGCCCCGAGCGAGCCGGUGCUCCCGCUGCUGCCGCUGCCCUCUGCGCCAGACCCCGCCGCCGCCGCCGCGCACCCCUUCCCCGCGCUCCACGGGCAGUGGCUGUUUGGUGGCCAUUCUCCGUCCCUUGGACUGCCCCCCUCUUCCACAGUGGAGCUGGUGCCCAUCUUCCCACAUCUCUGCCCUUCUGCUCUUGCAACUCCUAUUGGGAAAAGUUGGAUAGAUAAAAGGAUUCCUAACUGUAAGAUCUUUUUUAAUAAUUCCUUUGCUCUGGACUCAACGUGGAUACAUCCUGAGGAGUCAAGAUUGUUCCAUGGGCAUGAAAAGCCUCAUUUGCUGGCAAAUCAAGUCGCUGUGUCUCUGUCCAGGCCGGGUCCUCCCUCCAGGCCACUCCCCACAGUGGUGUUAGCACCUCAGCCCAUCCCAGGUGGCUGCCAUAACAGCCUUAAGCCGACCAGCAGCCCCGCCAUCACCAUCGCCACCGCUGCUGCCGCUGCCAUGGUCUCCAUGGACCCUGAGAGCCUCCGGGGCCCGUCCCCCUCCAGUGUGCAGCCGCGCCACUUCCUGACCUUGGCACCCAUCAAAAUACCCCUCCGGACGUCCCCCUUCUCAGAUACAAGGACAGAGCGGGGCCGAGUGGCCCGCCCACCUGCCCUGAUGCUGCGGGCCCAGAAGAAGAGCCGGGCUGGGGACAAAGAAGACAAGGAACCUCCACCGAUGCUGGGGGGAGGAGAGGACAGCACAGCCAGAGGCAACAGGCCAGUGGCCUCCACCCCAGUGCCCGGAUCCCCCUGGUGUGUGGUGUGGACGGGCGAUGACCGAGUUUUCUUCUUCAACCCAACGAUGCACCUGUCUGUCUGGGAGAAGCCCAUGGACCUGAAGGACCGCGGAGACCUCAACAGGAUCAUUGAGGACCCGCCCCACAAACGCAAGCUGGAGGCACCAGCAACUGACAGCAGCGAUGGGUCCAGUUCUGAAGACGGCAGGGAAGACCCAGAUGUGAAAACCAAGAGGAACCGGACCGAAGGCUGCGGGAGUCCCAGGCCAGAGGAGGCAAAGAGAGAGGACAAAGGCACAAGGACGCCACCCCCACAGAUCCUCCUGCCCCUGGAGGAGCGUGUGACCCACUUCCGGGACAUGCUGCUGGAGAGAGGGGUGUCAGCAUUUUCUACCUGGGAGAAAGAAUUACACAAAAUCGUGUUUGACCCACGCUAUCUCCUGCUCAACUCUGAGGAACGAAAGCAGAUAUUUGAACAGUUUGUCAAGACAAGAAUAAAAGAAGAAUACAAGGAAAAGAAAAGUAAAUUGCUGCUAGCCAAAGAAGAAUUCAAGAAACUUCUAGAGGAAUCUAAAGUGUCUCCCAGGGACACUUUUUCAGAGAGACCCAGAAUAGGACCUGUCUAGCAGCGGCACCUGUCCAGCCCCUAACUGAGAAUGUGUAGAUGCCUGUCUAGCCAGGGGAGCGUGGAACAAGCCCAGGCGAGUCUGACCAUUUGACUCAUCCCGAGCAGGUCAGGGGUGGAGUGUGGCGUAGCCACGGCACAGCAAGGUUGUUACGUCAGUAAAGGAAGGAAGGGGGAAGGAGGGAGAGAAGGAAGAAAGGAAUGGGGAGAAAAGGAGGGAGGGAGAGAAGGAAGGAGGAAGGGAAGGCAGGGGAGAGGGCAAGAAGGAGGGAGGGAGGAAGAGGGAAGCCAGAGAGAAGUGCUUUUCUUGCAAGAGAUGUGUAAACAAGCCCCCCACAGAUGGAGAGCAGGAAAACGGCAGCGCCUUGGGGAAGGAAUGAGACGAGUUGUUCAGUGACAGAAAUGAGCAUGAGUCUGAUAAUUAUUUGUCUUGUCUUCUAACAGCCAUGUCGGCAUAAUCUUGUUGUUUGUAUAUUUCAGAAGCUAUUAAGUUAUAAUAAUUUAACACAAUAAUUCAGUGUCUGCAAGGAAGUGUAAAAUUCUCUGGGAAGAGAAAUCGGAGGGAAUAAGAAGAAUCCCCCGGACAAAAAUGACCACAUUUUUCCAGGCACCCCAGAGCACAUUGCCCAGGCCAGGCCCUGCUGUUGCUGGACAAGCGAGUGCAUCUGCAUGGACCAGUGGCUCCAGGCCUUGGCCCCUCUACCCCUGUCCCUGUUUCUGGCUUCAAGUUCAAGGCUAAGAGAACAGGAAUUUGCUGGGCCCGGUGCCUGUGAAGGUCAGGUUGGUCACCGCAGAGGCGCGUCCUGUUUUGCCCUCUGAGCUGCCCUAGCCUUGAGAACAGCCUUGCUGGUCUAGACUGGGUCACUCGUGUUUUCCUGUGGGGCACCACCUGACCUGGCAGCUCUGAUUCACUCCAUCAGUGUUUGGGGCUCACUAGUUGCCAGACACUGGGCUGGACAUUCAGGGCAUUUAUCAGAGAAUGAAGCAGAUAAUGCCUCCCCCAUUCGAACGUGGGAGUCCGGUUCCACACGUGAGGUUUGACAAGAUCACCACUGUGAAGAGGGCUAUGAUGGAGUCACAGUUCUCUGACCUUCUAGACAGGGCGAGUUUCCCAAAGAAGAUGCCUUGGCCUGGUUUCUCAUGACGAGCAGCUCUAACUGGGGGAAGAAACAAGGGAAGGGUGUGCCAGGCGGAGGGAACAGUGUAAGAAAGACCGUGGCAGGCAGAGCAUGGUGGCAGCAAGGAAGGGGCGGAGGAGACCUGGCAGGCACAGUUGUGACGGGGACGGCUGGGAGAGUGACAGCUGCACGAACCGGCUGAGGAGGCUAGUGGAGGCCGCUCAUUUCUGGAGGCCACUCAGAGGAGAGACCAGGGGUUCCUGCAAGUGAGGGCAGGUCAGGGCUCUGCAGGACCCCGGUGAGGAGCAGGCACGGCUGGCCAGAGCCGCUCACCCACCGGGUGCCCUGCCGCCCACGGCCAGGCCUGGUGGAAGGGCUGGCUGCUUGCUCAGGCAGUACCGCUGCAGGAUCUCUGGGGAGGCCAGAGUUGCUCUCUGGAAGGUGUCUCAGGAAACUCUUUCUU